AUGACUUCCGUAUCAUCAAAUUCUAUUUCAAUAAAUAAAAACUUUUUAUAUGACAAAAGGGAUAAGCAUGAUCAUUCAAAAUCUCGUCCUGAUCCUCCCAAACCUCGUCAAAAUCUUCAUGCUAAAUUACCAACUCCUUCUCCUUCGCCUCUUCCCACUCCCAAAUCUCCCUGUUUUGUUCAUUCUGAUAUCGAUCCAUCAAUGCCAUUAUUAGAUAUGAUAAAAAAUCGUUCGGAUUGUGAAAUUACUCAAUAUUCAAAAUUGGCUGAGACCGCUGUUAGUGUUAGAGAAAUAUCAAAAAAACUUGGAAAUGCUCGUAUUCAUAGUUCAAUACACGGUAUCAUGAUUGUCACAAAACCUGGUGACCUUCGUUUAAUAAAUAUCACUCGUGAAUUAGCCCUAUAUUUGAUCACUACUCCUCGCUUUGAUAAAGAUCAUGGCGUAACUGUAUAUGUGGAUAAAAAUAUGAAAGAAUCAAAGCGAUUAGAUUAUCCUGGCAUGAUGAAAGAAUCUCCUUUAGUUGAACGCUAUUUAAAAUUUUGGACAAAAGAAUUAUGCGAAGAAAGACCUGAGCUAUUUAAUUUUCUCGGUGGUGAUGGAACUGUAUUAUACACUUCAUGGUUAUUCCAGAAAAUCGUUCCCCCUGUUUUACCUUUCCAUAUGGGUUCUCUUGGAUUCUUGACAAACUUUAAUUUUCAAGAUUACAAAAAACAUAUAACAAGUGCUUUGGAUGAGGGUAUACGUGUAAAUUUAAGAAUGCGUUUCACUUGUACUGUUUACCGACGAAUAAAAAAUCCCGAUAACCCCAUAAAAGCAACUCGUUGUAGUGACACUGGUGAAAUCAUGAUGCAACGUUUAAUUGAUGGACAAAGCGAUUGGAACUCUCUUGAAACUUCUUCUCAUUCAAGUACAUGCUCUGAACAUGAAUGUGAUCAUGAUAAAGAUUUACCUUGUCUAAUCACUAAACCAUCUGAAACUUUUCAAGUUUUAAAUGAUUUGGUUGUUGAUCGUGGGGCUGGCCCUUAUAUGAGUUUAUUGGAAUUAUUUGGGGAUGAUAAACAUCUUACUACUGUUCAGGCAGAUGGUCUUGUAGUAGCUACUCCUACAGGCUCAACUGCUUAUUCUGUAUCCGCAGGCGGUUCUCUGGUUCAUCCUUCAAUACCUGCAUUAUUAAUCACACCUAUUUGUCCGCAUACUUUAUCUUUUCGUCCAAUGCUUUUACCUGACUCAAUGGAGUUAAGAAUAUGCGUUCCUUAUAAUAGUCGUAGUUCUGCUUGGGCAAGCUUUGAUGGGAGAGGAAGAAUUGAAUUAAAACAGGGUGAUCACAUCAAAGUUACUCCAUCAAAAUUCCCAUUCCCUACUGUAUGCCUAGAAUCUCAAUCUAAUGAUUGGUUUAAUUCAAUAUCAAGAUGUUUAAGAUGGAAUGAACGUGAACAACAAAAAAGUUUUGUUGUAGUUGAGGAAGAAGAAGCCGAAGAAAGUGAUACUGAAUCCACUUCAUCAUAUCCAAAUUUUAAUAAUAAUUAUAAUAUAGGUGAACAACAUUCUUUCGCUUGUAUUGGAAAAGAUGAAAGUGAUUCUAGUAGUAAUAACAGUAAUAGUGGUGAAGAAGAAGAAUGGAGAGUUGUUACUAGGAGACAAAGGAAAAAAAAGU